AAGUAGCAUACAAGACUGUACUACAACGGCUUAACACGGACACCUCAAGGAAAAACUCCUUUAUGAAAAAAUGGCCCUCAUUUAAAAUUAAAAUAAAUGUAUUUAAACAUUUAAAUUAAAAAUAAUUCACACGGUGGUGCGUCUUGUACAGAUUAGGCUAGUUACCAUAAGCAAGGACUGGCAUCAUAAUGUGGUACGAUAAAUAAGGUGAUCUUAAUUACCUGCUGGAUGUCAGUAGAUCGAUUACCGAGCACAUCUUAACUCUAAUUACAAAACACGCGCUUGUAACAUCAUGUUGCCAAGCAGAUGAGACUUGAUUUGAUCAGCAGACCUUAAUAAAUUAUCAAACCCGUUGCACACCGGAAACACCCGAGUAUUUAUCUGGGAUAAGAUGACUAGUGUUGCUCAAACAGGGCAAAGUCAUGCGGUACAUCCGCAAUCCCCCUCGGGCUCCCCAGGGACACACCCAGCCAGGCGUCCUCCCGGUACACAAGCGAUCUCCGCAAACAACUGUAACACCUCACUGGUUAUCACACACACUGAACCAGCACCAGGCAUCCAUUCAGGAUCCGCACCGAAAGGAUAUGGAGACUCCACUGAAGAUGGAGGACAGUCAGCCCCCAGCAAAGACUGAGAUGUGGUGGGGCACCUUGGGCACAGUCCGGCCUUUCCCUGACUUUAAUCCUCUGAAGGAUGCCCAAGAAGUCAAGACGGCUCUGGAGAAAAAAGAUGGGAACACCAUGGUGAGGAUCCUGACCAACCGCACCAAUGCACAGAGACAACUCAUCACUCGGGCCUACCACAGCCUCACAGGGAAGGACAUGAGCUUCACUCUGAAGAAAUGCUUGUCAGGGGCUCUGCAGGAGCUGAUGCUGGGCCUGAUGAUGACUCCCUCGCAGUUUGAUGCCCACCGCCUCCGGCAGGCCAUGGAGGGCCUGGGUACAGAUGAGGAGACCUUACUGGAGGUGCUGUGCACCAGAUCAGCAGAGCAGCUCAAAGACAUUACUGUCGCCUAUAAGCAGGAGUUUGAUCGAUACCUGGAGAAUGAUCUGAUCAGUGAGACCAGCAAAGACUUCACCACUCUGCUUCUGGCCAUUCUUACGAAACAGCGGGAGAACCAGCAGGGAGUAAUUGAUUAUGAACUCAUUGAUGGAGACAUCAACACGUUGACUGAUGCCUUCAGCAAUAAGAGAGUUGACAUGGCGUCUUGGAUCAAGGUGCUCACCACGCGAGAUGCAGAACAUCUUAACAGAGUGUUGUCCAAGUGGGAGCAGGUUCAGGGGGUCCUUGUGGAAAAAGUGAUACAAAAUCACUUCUCUGGGGAUCUGAAACUGGGGUUCUGCAUUCUAGUGCAGUCCAUCCAGAAUAGCCCUCGGUACCUGGCACAUCGUCUGUUGACCUCCAUGAAGAAGAGUUCUGUAGUACGGGGCGUUCUGGUGUCGCAUUGUGAGGAAGACCUGCUCAGCAUCAGGGUGGAGUUCCGUCGACUGGCUGGACUCUCCCUCUACUCAGCCCUGCAGAAAGAUUUCAAAGGAGAACUUCAGCAGGCCUUUCUAGCCUUGUGUGGGGCUGAAGACUUAUAGACUUCCUGAGAUGUAUUUGGUCCAUUUGAACUGGUUUAACUGGCUAGAAUCAGUUCCUCUAACAAACUCCUGUAUCUGCUGUGUAUAGGGGAAAGUCUGACCAACUCUGUGAACAUAAGCACAUGACACAGGUAGAGUGGACAUUGGUAAACUGGGAAAGCGUAAUAGAACACAGGAGCAGGAAGAUUAUAACUGUCCCAGUUUACCAUUUGUCCCACUCUACAUCGAAAUUGGAUAUUAUUUGGGGGUUCUGCCUCUUUUGGGGGUAGAGACAAAUUAAAACCUUUCAAUAAACAAAUAUGAAACAAA